UGUUUUUUUAGAAUAUUUACAAAGUUAUGUAAAAAAAUAAUAAUCAGCAAUUAUCGCAGGAAUGUCUUUUCCUUAUUUGGUAAUUUGCUGAUAGUGAAAUGAUUCCAGAAUUUAUAAUCUGUUUUCUAUUUCGAAUAGUUCUGCCUAUAUCAUUGCUAGCAGCUUGCUUGGUUCGUUAUAAUGGACUUUCAUUUAUAUACCUUAUAUAUUUGCUUAUUAUACCAUUGAUUCCAAGUCCGCAACGGCUCUAUUACAAGGGUGCAAUACGAUUACAAACAUUACUGCUUUUAACUUCAACUGUGUUUAUUGUUGCUCAAGCUGGUUUCCAAAUUGUUCUUUUGUCCUAUAAGCCUUAUGGUCAUUUCGUCAAGUUGUGUACAACCUCAGGAAAUAUUGCUCAUCAGAUAGGGUUUGAUAGAUUAGAUGAUUCUAAAGUCAUUGAUGUUAUAAGAUUGGUUGUCCCUGAUGUGUGUGUAUUUAUAACAUCUUUGGUUGCAUACUUAUUAUCUCGUGGCUUCCAUGCUCGAUAUUCAGAUGAAGAACGUGCAGUUGUUAAUAAAAAAAGCACUACUUUUAUUGAAGAAUAUAUAUCCAUCAUAUCAGUGCUUUUGUUACUUCUUACUGGGAUAGCACAGCCAAAUGUUUUGUCAUCAGUUUAUUUUUUAACAUAUAUUGGUUUUGGAAUCUGUUGGGCUUUUCACAUUUCUUCUAUGAAAAGUGGAUUGCAUUUUUUUGUAAAAACCAUUCUUACUAUAUAUUCAGGUCUUCAUCUCCUUCUUAUUUAUCUGUAUCAAUUAGAAUUUUUUCAGAGUAUUUUGGUCCCUGAUAGUUUUUCACCUAGAUUACUUGGUCUUCAAUCAAUCAUCAAAAAUGCUAAUUGUUCAUUGAGCAGGGAAUUAUUAAUUAACACUUCUAUGACAUGGCCUUUUUAUAUACAACCUCUUGUUUUGUUUGUUUUGUACUGGGUUUUAGCUGUAGAAAUUCGUCUCAAAUACAAUAAGAAAUGUAAAAUUGAAGCUAAAAGCUGCUGGUCUAUGUGCUUCAGCAGUCCACAGACUACAUCUCUUCUGUACAAUAAUCCAAUGCAUAGUUUAUAUGGUACUAUUGAAGAUGAUACAAUUGGAAAAGUUUCAACCAGCAAACAAUCAGACGACACUGGCCAUGGCACAUUUAAAAGUAUCAUGUAUUUUUUCAUGAGGCAAAGCUAUGUUGCUGCUCUCAUAAUUAUGAUGACUUGGAGUAUUACUUAUCAUUCAUGGUUGACGUUUGUUUUACUACUUUGGGCAUGUAUUAGUUGGAUAACUCCAUUUUCUCACUGGUUUUGUAUGGCAUCAUCUCCUUAUUUGGUUCUAUACUCAGAUGUUUUACUAGUUAUUCAAUAUAUUUAUGGAAUGAAUCUAAAAAAUGAGCUUCCAACAAAAGAAGGUAGUUUUGACUUAUCUGAGUUAGGGUUUAAAGCACGUCCUUAUCCAGUUUUAGAUAUUGGAUUGCAGACUCUGUUUGCUGGUGUAUUUCUUAUCACUUUACGACAGCAUAUAAGUGAUAAAAAAAUUAUUCAAAUAAAUAAUGAUUCAAUGACUAGUGGAAUAGUUUUAUCUUCACUUGCAAAACCAAUUAUGGAUGCUAUCCGUAGAAGAGUCAAUAUUAGUGGUUCAGCUGACCCUGUUGGAUCUAAUCAUGCUACUGAGUUUAUCAAUUUUAUAAAGAGCGUGUUUGCUAAGUACUGGAUAUUAGUGUGCUGUACUGCAUUUCUAAUUGUUGCGCUUCAAAAUAAUGUUUCUUUAUUUCAAAUUCUUUACAUGGUUAUUUUCUUGAUAGGAUUCAUUAUUUAUAAGUUUUCAUUGCGUGCUUGGAAAAUCAUAUUAAGACCAUUAUGGUGGUUCAUGGUUAUAUAUUCUAUUCUUUUACUUUUAAUCAUUUACACGUAUCAAUUUGAAAAUAUGCCACAAAAUUGGUCAAAAACAACCAAGCUAAAUGAUCAGUGGUUGUUAGAUAUUGGCUUACGAUCACUAGAAAAACCUACGUUAUUCAUAGAGCUUCUCAUUCCUACACUCUUCUCUAUGUCAAUUGUUGUUCAGCUCCAUUUUUUUCAUACACCUCUUGUUAAAAAUAUAAAUCAAAUUUUGAAUAAUCGAAAGUUUUUAAAAACUAACAAAUUAACUGCACCAAUAGCAAGUUGUUCGACUGAAGCCUCUACUUGUGCUCGAACUAGUACAGAAUUAGAUAAGUUUGAUGAAAUUGCUGAUAAUGUAGAUAAAGCUCCAAAAUUCAAAAAAUGGUACGAUGAUUUCACAUCUAUUCUGUGGCUAUUUGCUGAACUUCAUAUGCCAAAGAUUGUUUGUUUUACAGCUAUGAUUGUUGCAAUACAACAAGUAUCAGCUAUCAAUGCUGUAUUUAUCAUAAUGAUAGGGUUGUCCAUGCCAAGCAAAACAUUACAAUAUAUCAUUAGCUUUAUUAUGAUUGUAUGGUCAUCACUGGUAGUUCUUGUAUAUAUGGUUUACCAAUUAGAGUUUGUUAAAGAAAAUACACUUGAAAGAAAUUGUACAAAUUCAUCUUUACCAGUGCUUUUACAAGUGCAUCAUUUUUCCUCAAAUGCUUGGUGGUUAGGACUUCACAAAUCUACAUCUGUUUCGCUUGAUGUUCGAGGUUAUCUGUUUAUUGUUUUGAUCAUUGUUUUAGAAAAAGUUGUAAAGCAUCAUCAGGAACUGCAUCGAUAUCAAAAAGGUUUGCCAUUGUCUUGCCCUGAUGUAAUAUUUCCUGAAAUCACACGAAAAAUGGCUGAUGAAACUAUGAAAGAUUGCAUUAAAUAUCUUUGUAACAACUAUUUUACUUAUUUUGGUUUUGAGAUUAAUUUAAUGACCAUAGCAGUUUGUAUGAGCAUACGUGGAGAUGUUGUUGCAGUAAUACAUUCACUUUGGUUGUUGUUAUUUCUCAGUAUGCGUCGAAAACAUUCUGCAAAGUUAUGGUCGAUUUACAUUUGGUUUUUGUCAAUAUUUUUAGUUGUGCAAUAUCUAUUAAUACUUGGUUGGCCACCUGGUUUAUGUAAAGGUUAUCCUUGGGAUGGCUUUACUUCUAGAAAAAUUGUUCACUGGUUGUAUUUAACAGACACCUCAAACCCACAAAAUCAGUUUUUAUUGCUAGCUGAUUACUUUCAGUUAUAUAUGGCCUGUUGUCAAGGUAAUGUCUUUCGAAAAGAGUUUGGAUCAAGGAAAGCAAGCUUGGGUUCAAAUCAAAAUUUAUCUGAAAAUUACAUACCUGCUGAUUUUAUGGCAAACAAAACUUGGAUAGAUUUUGUUAAGAUUUUGGUAUUAGACCAUUUUUUAUGGUUCACUUUAAGUAUCAUAUACAUAACAGCUCAAACAACAAUUAGCUUAUUUAAUUCUGGGUUUCUUGUUGGUUGCUUUUUCUUUUUAUGGCAUGGACAAGGAAUAUAUUUGCGCCCACGCAGAACAAUGAGACGAUGGUGGAUGAUUUUAAUUUUCUACAAUUUUUUUGUAAUACUAUCUAAAGUUUGGUUACAGCUAGCUUCCUGUGUUUAUAUCAAUUGGAUUUACCAGAAACAAAACUGCUUUCUAGUUCAGCUCCUUAAUCUAUAUUGUUUACGUGUACAUGAUUACAAGCUAGUUGAUAAUGAGACAACUCAAUCAUGCACCUUUGUAAAAAGUAACAGUAUGACAAUGGAUUGUGUUUGUUUCAUUGUAAUAAUUAUUCAAUAUCGCAUUUUUAAAUGUUCAUACUUCAAGUAUGUAGUUAAAGAACAUAAAAAAAGAUCUGAAAUGGCUUAUCGAGGUGCUCAGUUGGUACAAGAAAGAUUAGAAGUCCAUUUGGUUCAAUCAAUUCAGAGGGAUGAGCAGAUGAUGCGUUCUAUAAAAAACAAAGUUUCAAAACUCAAGAAUCGAUUGGCAAAACUUAAUCUAAAAGCUAGAGAACCAUUAUCCCAUUAUGAAGCAAUAUACUCUGGUGAUUACUACUUGUUUGAAGAUUCAGAUAGUGAAUCUGAAACCAAAGUUAAUAAUGAGGAAGGGUUUGAAGAAGAUUUACUUCAAUGUUCCUUGCUUGCAUCUGAACCUGUAGCAAUUGAUUGUAGAAGAAAAGAAGAUACAAGUCAAGAAGAUACAAGUCAAGAUGAUGAAUUUAAUAAUUUGUUGCCAGAAAGAAUUGAAUCCAUAUCUGUACAUGAAGAACCAAAUGAAUCAAAUAUUGUUAAUGGUAGUCCUAAAGAAGAAACUUCUUCCUUUAAAAAGUCAUUUGUUAAUGGCUUUACAUAUAUAAAAGAAGUUUUUAAGACUGGCAUGAAAUCGGUAAAAAAAAUAAUGGAUGACUCCUCUUAUGAUUAUAGAAGUAUUGCAGCACAAUUAACUUUAGAAAUGAACAAACAUUCUUCUACAAUCUCUUCUAAAAAUACUCUUAACGAGGAGAAAAAUGCCAUUCAACAAUCAGUAACUGAAGAGUCAUCCAGCAGUUUGCAAAAUGAAAAUGAUACUUGGUCACUUUUAGAAAAUAAUAAGUUUUCAGAGCAUAUUGAUGAUUCUCAUAAUUAUGGUUUUAUGAUGUCAUUUUAUUAUGCUUUAUUAGCAAAUUCUAAUUUGCUAUGUUAUACCUUGAUGAUUGUUAACCAUAUGUGUUAUGCAUCAGUUUUGUCAAUGCCACUUCCUUUUUUUGUGUUCCUUUGGGGAAUGCUUUCAAUCCCUCGCCCUAGUAAGCGGUUUUGGAUUGUAGUAAUUACUUAUGUUCAGUUAGUUAUUGUUGUCAAAUACAUCUUCCAGUUUCAAUUUCCAAAUGCGUCAUUUAACAGUUGCAAUCCACUAGCAAAUAAUCCUCUUUGUUCAGCACGUAUUAUAGGAAUUGAAAGGAAUUCAAACUCAGUGUGCGAUCUUUUGCUCUUAUUGGGUUUAUUUUUCCACAGAUUUGCUUUAAAGGGUCAUGGUUUGUGGAGAGAGAAAUUAUUUAAAGAUGAUGAAGAUUGUACACCAAGACACAAAGAUAUAGCAAGUAAUGCAGAAAAUCAACAUUUUGUAUCUUUACUUGACAAUUCGAUGGAUUCAGAGAAUGUUAAGAAAAUACAAGGUGAAAAAUCAUUUAUAAAUAGGACUCUCAUAUACCAAAAACCAAGUUUAGUAAAAAGUGUCAAACAGUUUGUCCUUCGUAUGCUUGAUCCUGAAAUUGGUGCUGGUGGAGUUGAUGUAUAUUCAUGGAUAUUUUGUACACAAUUUUUGGUUUUUGUUGUUAUUCUCUCAAGCUGGUCUGCAUUUUCAUCUUCUAAUCAGGAUUCAAAGUCUAACUUUACCAAGAUUUUUGAAGAAAAUGUUGUUCCAAAAACCUUUCUUUACAUGUUACUUACCCAAUUUUUGUUAAUGCUAUUUGAUAGAUUUCUUUAUAUUCGAAAGUAUGCUUUUGUAAAAUUUAUAUACUUGGCAAUUUUGGUUUUACUUUUCCAUAUCUUUCUUUUUGUUGUUGUACCUGGAAUUACCCAAAGAGAGUUUGUUUAUAAUAUUCCUGCAAUUUUUUUGUACAUAUUUCAAUGUAUGUACUUUGGUCUAUCAGCAUAUCAAGUUCGUUGUGGUUAUCCUACGAGAAUUCUUGUAAAUUUUCUCACAAAAAACUAUACUAUCACAAGUGCUAUAUUAUUUCAAGGGAUACAAGCCAUCCCGUUUCUUCUUGAGCUAAGAAGUGUUCUUGAUUGGGUUUGUACAAAGACUACUUUGAGUUUAAACCACUGGUUAAAAAUGGAAGACAUUUACGCUAAUACAUUUAUAUUAAAAUGUUGGAGAAAUUCCGAGAAGUAUUAUCCUCAUCCACGUGGAUUGCACUACUGGACAACAAGCAAAUGGUUGAUUGGUGGUUUACUUGUCGCUCUGCUUAUUGGAGUCAUAUGGUUUCCUUUGCUUUUUAUGUCAUUUAUCAACUCUUCUUAUAUUUAUAGUCCUCCUUCUGAGGCAACAUUUACUCUGACCUUAGGAGGUUAUCAGCCCCUUUUUAAAGUUACUACACAACAACAGUUUUUGCAAACGCUAUCGCAAGAGAGUAUCAACGCAAUAACGAAGUCUAAUCAUUCUGAUAAUUGGGAUGCUAGUAAGGUUGAACAUGGAUUUGAAGACUAUAAGAUGACUGGUAAUAUCAUGAGUGUUGAAGUGUUGAGUAAUUCUAGCUCUAUAUGGACGAUUAGCCCUCCUUCGAGAGCAUUUCUCAUAAAUGAUCUUAAAUCAAAUUCGAGCAUAUCUCUCAGGUUUCAAUAUGUGUUCAAUAGGGAAUCAAACAAUACCGAAGUGACUUUAGUUCAAAGCACAGUCAGUUGGGUGAGAGCGAUAUCUCUCCCACCUGGUGAUCCUAUUAGAAACUCGAUUGCUGAAGUCAUAAAAAGUGGUAAAGGAGAAAUAAAAAUACCUCGUUUAUUUGCAACAUUUGUUCAAGUUCCAGCACGUGGAUCUGUAAAACCUGUAGAUUGGUUGGGCGAUGGUAGCUAUGUAGAUUGCACGAUUGUAUUGAGAAACGGUUCUAUCCCAGACUUUGAAGGCUAUGCUGCGCAAGUUGAAUGGUGGGAAAUAAUUCAGAAUAAACCUAAGCCUAUGUUUUCCCAUGACGCUGGGAAUCUAGAGAUAAUCGUGCUUAAUGAUUUUGUACCUCCGCUACAUUUGUCUUUCUUUGCAAAUACAGGAAUCAUUGGUUUGUAUGUUGGUUUUGUUUGGUUAAUUGGUAAAUUUGUGCGCCUUUUUUUUACGUCAAUUUCUUAUCGUAUAAUGUUUGAUGAAGUUCCAAACGUAGAUCGCAUAUUAAAGUUAUGUUUAGAGAUAUACAUGGUCCGUGAGAGCAAAGAACUAAAAUUAGAAGAGGACUUAUUUGCAAAACUUAUGUUCUUAUAUAGAUCUCCAGAGACUUUAAUAAAAUGGACAAAAUACAAACGGCAAUAAAAAAUUUUAAAUAGAUAAAACCGAGGAUAAAAACUAAUAAAAUAUUAUUUCUUAAAAAGAAUUUAUCAAAAAAAAAAACCAUGUAGAGACUUUACAUUGUAGAGUGUUUUAAAUUAUUGAUUUCUUAUCUUAUAAUUCUUUGUAUGUUUUUUAAAAAUUUUGUAAUCAUGUUUCAUAAUUUUUAAUGGAAAAUUUAUAUAUUUAUUUUUAAAAAAAUAUUUGGAAAGAAAAGUUCAUACAUUGUAAUUUCUGUAAUAAAUAUUUUUCUUUAAUGUACUGAGGCAAGUAAAUAUUUCAUAUUUUAAAGAAGAAUAUAUAU